AUGUGUGCAGCCAGGUUCAGCGGCUGCCUUAAUGGCUGUGCCGAGGAGGCAGUCGGCGGUGGUGCUGCUGGGGCUCCCGGUCCGAUCGUGGCCUCCAGGAUGCUGGACUGGACAGAAGCAGGUCCCCGCAUCCUCCACAGCCUGGAGAUGGGCACGGUGAUGACCAUCUUCUACCAGAAGAAGUCCCAGCGGCCCGAGAGGAGAACGUUCCAGAUAAGGCAGGACACACGGCAGAUAGUGUGGAGCCGAAACCCUGACAAGAUAGAAGGAGAGAUCGACAUACGAGAGAUCCGGGAGCUGCGGUUGGGGAAGGGCUCCCGUGAUUUUGAGCGCUACCCGGAGGAGGCUCGUAAACUGGACUCUGCCCACUGCUUCAUCGUGCUCUACGGCCUGGAGUUCCGCCUCAGGACGCUCAGUGUGGCCGCCUUCAGUGAGGAGGAGGUCAACAUGUGGAUCACUGGUCUCAACUGGCUGAUGGCUGACACCCAGAGAGCGCCGGCGCCGCAGCAGAUCGACAGGUGGCUGAGGAAACAGUUUGAAGUCAUGGACAGGAGCCACGAGGGCAGUAUCACAGUGAAGGACGUGAAAACUCUGCUGCCUCAGAUCAACUACAGAGUCCCCAACAUGCGUUUCCUCAAAGACAAGCUACAGGAGGUGGAGGCCCGCAGCGACCUGUCGUACCCCCACUUUGCACAGCUGUACCGGACACUGAUGUUUGACGCACAGAGGAGCAUUAUUGAGCAGCUGGAGCUCUCCUUCCCUCUGCGGAACGUUGACAGACCAGAGCUUUGUCAGAUCUCUCUCUACGACUUCCAGAAGUUUUUACAGAUGGACCAAAAGGAGUCCUGGGCGUCGGAUCUGAGCCGGGUCAGAGAGUUCCUCAUGGGGUACAUGAGGGGGGGGCCACAGCCUGAGCCGAUGCUGCAACUGGAUGAGUUCCUGACCUUCCUGUUCUCCAAAGAGAACUCUGUGUGUGACCCUCGACUCUCACCUGUUGUUCACGAUGACAUGAAGCGACCUCUGUCUCAGUACUGGAUCUCCUCCUCACACAACACCUACUUGACAGGGGACCAGUUUUCCAGCGAAUCAUCUCUGGAGGCCUACGCCCGCUGUCUGAGGAUGGGCUGCCGCUGCAUCGAACUGGACUGCUGGGACGGACCCGACGACCUGCCGAUCAUCUACCACGGCCACACCCUCACCUCCAAGAUCAAAUUCCUGGACGUGCUGCACACCAUCAAAGAACACGCCUUCGUCACAUCUGAGUAUCCUGUGAUCCUGUCCAUCGAGGACCACUGCAGCGUGGUGCAGCAGAGGAACAUGGCCACACACUUUAAGAAGGUGUUUGGAGAUCUGCUGCUCACCAAGCCGGUGGAUAACAGCGCAGAGGAGCUUCCUUCGCCCUACCAGCUCCGCAGGAAGAUCCUCAUCAAGCACAAAAAGCUGGUGGAGGGAACUCUGUACGAGGAGGUGACGUCAGCCAGCUACUCCGAGAACGACAUCAGCAACUCGCUGAAGAACGGCAUCCUGUACCUGGAAGACCCCAUCGACCAUACAUGGACUCCACAUUAUUUCGUCCUGACCAGUAAUAAGAUCUACUACUCAGAGGAGACGUCCCACUACCAGACAGCUGAUGAAGAAGAGGACGAUGAAGGAAAAGAGGAGUGCAACAACAACGAGCAGCACUGCGCCGAGCGCUGGUUCCACGGGAAGCUGGGUGGAGGUCGAGACGGUCGACAGGUGGCUGAGAAGCUGCUGCAGGAGUACUGCGAGGGCGGGGCUAAAGACGGCACCUUCCUGGUCAGAGAGAGUGAGACGUUUGUCGGAGACUACACCCUCUCCUUCUGGCGCUCCGGUCGCGUGCAGCACUGCAGGAUCCACUCGCGCCAGGAGUCCGGCUCCACCCGCUUCUACCUGACCGACAACCUAGUGUUCGACAGCCUCUACCGCCUCAUCUGCCACUACAGAGACACGCCGCUGCGCUGCAACGAGUUCGAGAUGAGGCUGGGCAGCCCCGUGCCCCAACCCAACGCACACGAGAGCAGAGAGUGGUACCACUCCAGUCUGUCCCGCGUUCAGGCCGAACACAUGCUGAUGCGCGUCCCCAGAGACGGAGCUUUCCUGGUGCGAAAGAGAAGCGAGCACAACUCCUACGCCAUCUCCUUCAGGGCGGAGGGAAAGAUCAAGCACUGUCGUAUCCAGCAGGAGGGACGUCUCUUCAUGCUCGGCAGCUCGGCAGAGUUCGAGAGUCUGGUGGAUCUGGUGAGCUACUACGAGAAACAUCCUCUUUACCGUAAGAUGAGGCUGCGCUACCCCAUCAACGAGGACACGCUGGACCGGAUGGGCACCACGGAGCUGGACUACGGGGCGCUGUAUGAAGUCCGCACGCCUCACUUCUACGUGGAGGCCAAUAAGAUGCCGACGGCUCGGUGCACGGUCAAAGCUCUGUACGACUACCGGGCUCAGAGAGAGGACGAGCUGUGUUUCCCCAAACAGGCACUCAUCCUCAACGUGGACAAGCAGGAGGGCGGCUGGUGGCGAGGCGACUACGGCGGGAAGAAGCAGCUGUGGUUUCCUGCAAACUACGUGGAGGAGGUCCCCAGUUCUCCCACCAGAGAGCUGGACGAAGCGUCCACAGAGAACAGUCCUCUGGGAACGUUCCUCAAGGGCUUCAUCGAUGUCCCCACCUGCCACGUUGUGGUUCAUAAAGACGGGAAGAACUCGAGGCCGUUCGUGUUCACCAUCCACUCCCAGCACCUCUCCUCUCACCCGGUCCAGACCCUGGACGUGGCCGCGGACAGUCUGGAGGAUCUGACCGGCUGGGUCGGCAAGAUCAGAGAGGCUGCACAGAACGCUGACGCACGGAUGCAGGAGGAGAAACAGAUGGAGAGGAGGAAAAAGAUUGCAGUGGAGCUGUCGGAGCUCGUGGUUUACUGCAGACCCGUCCCCUUCAAUGAAGACAAGAUCGGGACGGAGCGAGCGUGUUAUCGGGACAUGUCGUCCUUCCCAGAGACGAAGGCAGAGAAGUUUGCGACGCGCGGCAGAGGGAAGCGCUUCCUGCAGUACAACCGCCGCCAGCUCUCCAGAGUUUACCCCCGAGGACAGAGACUGGAUUCGUCCAACUACGACCCGCUGCCCAUGUGGCUCUGCGGCUCCCAGCUGGUCGCACUCAACUUCCAGACUCCAGAUAAACCCAUGCAGCUGAACCAGGGCUUGUUCAUGCUCGGAGGAAGCAGCGGCUACGUCCCCCAGCCCGACAUCAUGAGGGACGACGCCUUUGACCCUUUCGACAAGGACACGCUGCACGUGGAGCCAAUCACCAUCCAGCUACAGGUGCUGGGGGCCCGUCAUCUGCCUAAAAAUGGCCGCAGCAUCGUCUGUCCCUUCGUGGAGGUGGAGAUCUGUGCAGCUGAUUACGACAGCUUUAAGUGCAAGACAGACGUCGUAGCUGAUAACGGUCUGAAUCCUGUGUGGGUACAGAAGCAGUUUGUGUUCGACAUCCAUAACCCCACCUUCUCCUUCCUGCGCUUCACCGUCUACGAGGAGGACAUGUUCAGUGACCCCAACUUCCUGGCACAGGCGACCUAUCCUAUCCGUCUGCUCCGGACAGGCUACAGGAGUGUACCUCUGAAGAACAGCUACAGUGAGGAGCUGGAGUUGGCGGCACUUCUGGUCCACAUCGAGAUCGUCAACGCAAAGGAGGAAGACGACGAGAACUUGUACACGUCCAUCCAGCUGCUGCGGGAUCGAACCAGCGAGCUGUCCAACCAGGUUUCCCUCCUGGAGAGGUCGGGCUCAGCGGACCUCAGCUACCAGCAGAGUCUGGAGGAGCUGAGAGCGGCUCAGGAUCAGCUGAGUGAGCUGAUGGAGGCUCGAAACCGCAGGCUGAUGGAGAAGAAGAGGAGGGAGAAGCUGAGGCAGCAGGUGGCAGCAAAGCGCAGUUAAUCCUCCCGUCCACCAGAGAGCGAUCGACUCAAACGCAGACUGUGCCUGACGCUUGCUGCCACCAGGUGCUGAGCAGCGACAGCCCGACAGAGGGAACGGGCUUUCUACAGCAGCGACAUGCAAUCUGUUUAUAACUGAUGACAAACACACACACACGUUCCUUCACAAUAGAUUGUGAGAUUUGACAGCAGCGUGCUGAGCGAACAGCGGAGGAACAAGUGAGAGUGUGAACGACAAACAGAAGCAUCUCAUGGACAAAAACUAAACAAACAACAAAAAACUAAGCUAUAAAAACAAUCACAGAUUUCAGGCUGGAACACAUUAAGAGUGAGUUGAUGUUUUCAUGACGAACAACAGACAGGACAAGUGAAGGGUUCUGAACACCGACAAAAACUUGUUUUACUUGUUAAUUCGCGGCAUUAGAACUGCAACAAGUAGUUGAUUAGUUAGUUAAUUAGCCCUUGGACAGGAAGUUUAAUUGUCAACUAUUCAUCAAAUAAUCAUUUUUUGAGUUAAUUUACCAAACAUUUGAUGGCUCCACCUUUUCAAACGUGAGGAUUUGAUGCUUUUCUUUGUCGUACGUGACACGAAACUGAACUGUUGGUCGAACAAAACAAGGCAUCUGAAGACAGACAUUUAUCACUGUUUUCUUUCUUCUAAUCAGUGAUGAAAAUAUGUUCCAGUUGUAAUCAUGAUGCGUUGGUCUGGUAGAGACGCUUAAUGUAGUGAAUGUCACCUACUUAUCAUAAAUUUGCUGUUGGCCAACUGCCACCAGAACAAAACGUCACAAAAGAAAAUCACAUCUCAGUUUUACAACAAAGAUGAACCCUGUCCAGGACAGUGAAGAGUAAAAGAACAAACAAACCUCUCUUAUGAGUUAGGAUUUAGAUUAUUGACAAGUUUAGAAAACUACAGAACUCAAAUAAAAAUGUAAAUUCAGUCCUUAACUCAUCAGAUUUGCUCUUACUGUGUUUCAGGCUUUAGUGAGAAAAAACAGGAUCAAAGGGAGAAGAAAUCUCAGGUUACACAAAUGGAAGGGAAAAAAAACCUUGGUAUGUGGAUAGAAAAAGGGAGCAGUGGGCACACGUAGGAAAAAGGAAAUAUCAUGUAUGUGCCUUUGAUGAGUGUAGUUACUCUAAUGCUUCAGACUGACUGCUUUCUCUACAACUGGAAUAGUGGCCCUUUAAGGGACAACUACUAACAAACUGGAGGAGGAAUCAGACCACUACUCAUGAAAUGGAUUCCAUAGGGAUUUAAAGACUGACAUCUGUUCCUCCAAAUCAAGACCAAGUCUUUCAUGAACUCCGCCUUCAGGUGACGGGACGGGGGGGGGGGGGGGGCUUCCUGUCACUGCUAGGUCUACCUGGGACUGUGUCGAACUGUGUCAAACAAAUCCUCA